AUCUGUAAUCUUUUAUGAAAUUCGAAGGUCCAAUUCUUUUUUCCCUUAAAAUCUUGCCAAAAAGAAUAUAUCAAGGAAUAGUAAGUUACGGAAGGAAGAAUUUGGCGGGAAUGAUAGCAGAACAGUCGUGAUAUUACCGAAUUUUAGUAGCCCAUAGCUUGCAGGAGACGCGCCCAAUAACCUCUUUACAAUUUUCCCUGCCAAAUUUAUCGCAUCGAUAACUCAUUCCUCUGAACACCUCUUCUUCUUCUUCUUCUUCUUCUUCUUAAUUCUUCCCUUCUUCUGUUAUACAAACAAUAUUAAAGUUUCUUCUUUUAGAGUGGAACUUACUUUCCCAGAACAAUCCCUUUUAUAUUGGUAUCAGUCAAGAAUGUUGAAAAGCAAGGACAGUAGUUCAUCUCAAGGCACCACAGAUAUCAAGGCAGUGAAGAGAAAGAUCGGUGAAACUGAAUUUACAGAAGCUGCAUUCCCUGUGUUACACUCUCCUGCAUCGCAUGCAACUGGUAGAAGCGUUCUUGUUGGUGCUCAGGUUACAAGAAAAUGGCUUGAAACUGUUAUUUCUCCGCUUCCUUCAAAACCAUCUGCAGAGCUGGAGCGAAUGCUAGGUAUUCAUGAUGAUAAGAGUAUACUUGAUGAAGUGAUGACAAGAGCCAAUGUUGUGUUGUCGGCCUUAUUUCCAAAGCGGCAAACUGUGUCGAGUCUGCAAGACGUCAACUUGAUGGAAAGCAUGUGGUCAGAGCAGAGGCGCAGCGAAGCUCUCAAACUAUAUUAUAGAGUUCUGGAAUCUGUGUGUCAAUCAGAGGCUGGAAAGUCGAACACUAGCGAUCAUUUGAGUGGUUUACUGAGCAAUGAGAGGUUUCAUAGAUGCCUGCUUGCUUGUUCUGCUGAACUAGUUUCAGCAGCGCAGACAGGGACCGGGAUGCUGCUGUCUGUGAUUUUUGAGAGAACAGGAGUAACAGCUUUUGACCUGAGUAAAGUGAUCGAGAGUUUUAUCAUCCAUGAGCCAACGCUUCCCAGGGAAUUGAGACGGCAUCUUAAUUCAAUGGAAGAGCAGCUGUUAGAGAGGAGAGUGUGGGAAAAAGGUUCAUCUUUGUAUAAUUCUUUAGUUGUUGCAAGACCAGCUCUUUCUGAUGAAAUAAACUCACUUCAGCUAUUGGCCCAACCUAUGCCGUCACUUGAAACUGUCAGCCCUACUUAUUUUGGAGGCUUACUUUGCUCAACUAUCCUGCAAAAGCACAAACUUUCACAAGCCCAGGAUAGAGGCACUAUCUCACCAAAGAGACCUUGUACAGAACAUGCUGAUGUGGUGCUAAAGCACAAUUCCACUUAUUGUCCAAAAACAGAUUGUCCGACAGCUUUUAGCACUCCCCAGACCAAGCAAACAUCAGCAUCCCCAUCAUCAUCUUUGCAAAAUAUGUUUACAAGCCCAACAUGCUCGGAUACAGCAAUCAAUGUUCUUUUCAGUAAGAUGGCAAAGUUAGGUGCUAUCAGAACUCAAAGUAUAGCUGAAAGGUUAAAACUCUCUAAACAGUUCAGGGAGAAAGUCUAUUUUCUUUUCCAGCAGAUCCUCAAUCAGAGGACUACCCUUUUCUUUAAUCGACAUAUGGAUCAAAUUGUCCUCUGUUGCUUUUAUGGCCUUGCAAAGAUGUCUGGAGUAAAUCUGACUUUUAAACAAAUUUAUGACAACUAUAUGAAGCAACCACAAUGCAGAUCUCAAAUUUUUUGGUCCGUAUCAGGCAAUCAUGAGAGAAAUGGGGGACAAUAUGCUGAAAUGAUUACAUUUUACAAUAGAAUUUUCCUUCCUAGUGUCAAAUCUUUCUUGGAGGAGAUUCACCAUAGAGAACCACCAACACAAGUUCCUGACAUUAAAAAUAUAGAUUCUGCAUUUCCAAGCCUUCCUGACAUUUCUCCAAAGAAAGUCUCCCCAUCACAUAAUGUCUAUCUCUCUCCAGUACGACUGUCAAAGGAUGAUUUGAACUCAAAUAUGACCAAGAGCUAUUACGCAUUUGUUGGAGAGAGCAUUUACCCUUAUGAAACUCCUUCAAAACAACUUUCAGAUAUCAACGAGCGCUUGAAUAGGACCAAGAAGGUUAAGCGCAGGCUCAACUUUGACAAUGAAGGUGUAGCUGUGAUUAGUGAUGAUGUUGUCCUCAACAGUUUAUUUCCACAGAACAAUAAAUGUGGUACCUCCUAAUUAUAGGGUGUUUUGCCUUAUAUUUGUUGGUACUAGCUCCUCUAUCUAUUUAACUUUUACUCUGUUCAAAUAAGCUUAAUUAUAUGUGUAAAUAAUAAUUAUAUUAAAAUAAUGAAGUAUUGAUUAUGGUCAA